AUGUGUAUUCGAAUGAUACCUCCAGAAGACGUAUCUGUUGGUACAAUAUCUGCUACUCUAUCUACUACUCAAGCUUCUCCGAUAACUACUACACAAUGUACUGCGUCAUCGUGCCCAUCAACGACUACAGCGGUAAGAGUGACUCCUGUAAUGGUUUCUUCUGUGAUGACUACCCCUGCAACUGUAACUGUUGCACCUGUAACAACAGCACCUCUCUCGAUGGCUCCCACGUUGUGCACAAAAUGUGAUAUAGCUGCGAUCGCACCAGUUAUGGAAGCCAACACGGUUUUUGAGAAUACAAAUACAGUAGGAGCCGAUGGGUGCACACAAACCAAUGCGAUAUGCAGAAGAACCGAUGAUCAAGUGUGUACAGGAGUAACUUUAUCUGCAACAAAUGCUGCUGGGACUUCUACUAUUUCCAGUGCCAUGAAUGCGAAUCAAGUCAGCGGAUUGCUCACUUGUCAGGCUGAUGGUACCUACUCCAGUGGCUCAGUCACAGGAAUCACCAAACUCGUAUGCACUUUUGAUACAUGUGUACCUCCUUGCGCAUCAUGUGACAUAGAAGCUACUAGACCAUUGAUGGACCCACCCGGUACAGCCUUUCAAAUAAUGGAUAGAACCCCCGCUGGGCAGACAUGCAAAACAUACCAAGUUGUUUGUCAGUUCAAUGGUGUAUCUUGCGUUUCAAUUACUCUUUACGCUAUGACCACAACAGGAAGUGAUGACAUGCUUGUGGAAGUUAAUGACGUGGAAAUGUUGGCUGCGAAUAUUGCCUGCGGAACUGAUGGAACAUUAAAUUUCAUGGGAACAGUGUAG